AUUCGCUUUCCUUUCUGUCCAUCCGGUCCUUUUCCUUUUCUUGUUUCUUUUGGAUCCUGCAUUGUUGCUCGUUUUGUCUGUCCUCCUCGCGUCCGUAAUUAUCCUGUUAGACUUUUGCAUGGGCUUGACGGCGUAGUUGUGUGAUUCUCCUAUCCUUCCAGCGGAAACAGAAAUGGCGACGCAACCAACUAGGCAGUGGGGUGUCACCCCUCCUAUCUCAACGAUUCUUCCAACUCCUCAGGAACUUGCUGCGAACGAUGACCUGAUUGCGGAGCUUAAGGCUCAGAAUAACUUCGAGAGUCCUGCCGAGACCGAACGGAGACAGCAGGUACUCCAUCUAAUCCAGCGUGUUACUGUCGAAUUCGUCAAGGUUGUCAGUCGUAAGAAGGGGUUGUCUCCCGCCGCUGUCGAUGCUGCAGGGGGCAAGGUAUUCACUUAUGGAAGUUAUCGCCUUGGAGUUUAUGGGCCUGGCUCGGAUAUCGACACCCUCGUUCUUGGGCCGAAACAUGUAGUAAUCGACGAUUUUUUCUCCGACUUUCCUCCCACCCUAGAGAGAAUGGCUCCCCAAGGGGCUAUUGAGAAAAUGACUCCUGUGCCAGAUGCCUUUGUGCCCAUCAUAAAACUCGAAUUGUCAGGGAUUAGUAUCGAUCUCAUUUUUGCUCGCCUUAUCCUACCUACAAUUCCACUUAACCUUGACCUGAAAAACAACGAUUAUCUAAGGGGACUGGAUGAAAAGGAAGUUCGAUCUCUUAACGGGACUCGUGUCACUGAUGAGAUCCUGGAGCUCGUUCCUCAGCAGAAGACGUUCCGCCUUGCGCUACGUGCCAUCAAGCUCUGGGCACAACGCCGGGCUAUCUACUCGAACAUCGUAGGCUUUCCGGGUGGUGUUGCUUGGGCAAUGUUGGUGGCAAGGGUUUGCCAGUUAUACCCCCAGGCAACAGGUUCCGUGAUCGUGGGCAAGUUCUUCCGAAUUAUGAACAAGUGGGCAUGGCCCCAGCCCGUGUUGCUGAAGCCCAUUGAAGAUGGCCCUCUGCAGAUGAAAGUUUGGAAUCCACAGAUAUAUCACGGCGAUAGAUUUCACCUAAUGCCCAUCAUUACGCCAGCCUAUCCUUCCAUGUGUGCCACUCACAAUAUAUCCUUGUCUACAAAGGCAGUGAUUCUCCGUGAGCUUCAACGCGGCGGUGAUAUUGUAGACAGGAUUUUCCUCAAACAACUUACGUGGAAUGACCUUUUUGCUCGCCAUUCGUUCUUUACCCGUGACUACAAGUACUACCUUAGUAUCACGGCGUCUAGCAAAACUAAGGAAGCGCAUUCCAUGUGGUCAGGCCUGGUUGAGUCGAAACUUCGACAUCUUGUCGGGGCCUUGGAUAGGAAAGCGACAAUUGGGGUAGCUCAUCCGUUCCCGAAAGGGUUUGAGAGAGUGCAUAUUGUCACCGAGGAUCAACAAGCGGAUGCUGUCAAAAGUGGCUCAACCCAAUACCAAGUUCAAAAUACGAAGACGGAAACGCUUAACGAGACAAAUGCUGCCAUAAAUAGUGCUGCGGCCCAACAGGAGACCCCACAGCCUGAGGAGAAGACUGACAAUGGCACCCGAACUCUUUACACCACUACUUAUUACAUAGGUCUCGAAAUAAAACCUCUUCAACCAGGUGCCUCGAGAUCGUUGGAUAUCUCGGCCGAAUCUCAAAUCUUCAAGUCGACGUGCACUUCGUGGCCCGGAUAUCAGCCAGGCAUCGACGAUUUGACAAUUACGCAUGUUCGAAAUUUCGAUUUGCCCGACGAUGUCUUUGAGCCGGGAGAGACUCGACCAACGCGACCCAAGAAGAAGGUUAUCAAGAAGGCCGAAUCGGCCGCUCAGAAGAGAAGUAUUGACGCUCUGGACGAACCGACACAAGGCCACGCCAAACGCCAGGUAACGUCGAAUGGAAUUUCGAGUACUGCGACUCCUGCUUGAAAAGCGCCAAACGAUCGAUCAUUCACACGCCUGGGGCCGGUCCCCAUAGGCAAGGCUCUCCAUACUAUCCCUCGGAAAUAGAUCUGAACCCCGCACAUACCCCUGCGAUUCUCAUCUAUGGUGCUUUCUUUUCUCUGAAUACCGCGUGAUGCCAGCUGAUUCUGACUCGUAGCGUGCAGUUGAUUUAGUGGCUCGCUAUACUUCUGACGAGCUUCACAACUCAAGCCAGGAGCUACAAGGUUGGUUUUCUUUCUCAUAUACCUUGGCCCUUUACACAGCCAGUGGCCUGCGUUUGAGCAGACUACUUGGCCAUGAGGCGUCUAAGAUGCAAGAAACUGAACAUAAAAAGAGAAAAAAGGAAAAAAAUAAGAAACAAAAGAGAAUUAAAAAAUAACGCCUGCACUGAGUGAGUGAGAAAUUCUCCCUCUCCCUCUCUAUUGUGUCAGUGGUAUUGCGCUUGUUUCUGCAGACACUUGCCGGUGAUCUGUAACUUGUUGAUACGCCUCUAUUUCCAUAUCUUAGGUAACUUUGUUCGGUCUUGUGCCAGCUAGACAUUAGUGAAAUA